GCAGUACGCAACAAAUACUCUCACGCGCAACAUGUGACUAACGGAUUAGAUUUCAUCCAAAGUAUUUUUUCGAAUUGAUACAUUUUACAUAAAAGAAAGACAAAUCACCUUUAAUUAAAAACCAGACAGCUUUCAUUCCAACAUGUCAGCCAAGUUAAUUCUUUUUUUACUACUGUUGCACCGUGUACCUUCGAACGGUGUACGACUAUCAAUAAUGGAGGAACAAGACUAUCCUAAUUUAACAAAUAUUGGGCAGUAUUUGGGAGACGAAUGGAAGGAAAAUGAAGUAUAUAGAACUUUACAAUAUAGUUUAAAAAAGGGCUUCCCUUACGAGUUUGACAUAGAGCCUACCGAAUUAUUCAAGGUUGGCAAUAGUAGUGGAAUACUGUCAACUGCAAAAGCUAUAGACAGGGAAAAGCUUUGCCCUAAUCUCGUCAAAUGUAUAGUUAAUUUAGACGUACACAUAACGCCCCUUCAACGCUUUACUAAGGUUUCAUUAGAAAUACAAAUUGACGACCAAAAUGACAAUGCACCGACUUUUGCAAGGAAUCCUAUUCGCAAAUCUGUGCCAGAAGACAGUAAAUCCAGGAUUAAACUUGAUCUCGCAAUAGAUGAAGAUAGUCCUGAUUUCGGGGUACAAAAAUACUCAGUUGUCAAUUUACCGUCCAGCUAUAAAUUUGUCCAAGAAAAUGUUAAUGAAAUCUACUUGGAAAUUGUCCAAGAUUUAGACAGAGAAAAGCAGAAUUCUUACUCAUUUAAACUCAGAGCCGAAGAUACACAGGGGAAUAUCGGAGAAACGGAAGUGAAAAUUGAAGUAACGGAUGUAAACGACAAUAGCCCAACAUGUACACAGGCUGAAUUUAAGACCUCAAUACUUGAAAAUAGCCGAACUGGAACUAGAGUACUUACUAUAUCCGCUACGGAUAAGGACGAGGGAAAUAACGGAAAAAUAAGCUAUUCGUUCGCAGCUCAUUCUAACAAUCAGCAAUACUUUACGAUCGAUAAAAGCUCAGGCGAUAUUCGAAUUGGUUCCGAAGAAUUAGACUAUGAGAGUUUACAUCCCAAACAAAUACUUUUGGACGUUAUAGUAACAGACGAAGGCAAUGUUAAGUACGAGGGCCAUUGUAAAGCUAUUAUCGAUGUUCUAGACAUUAAUGAUAACGAGCCAGCAGUUAACGUUAAUCUUCUCAACGGAAGAAAUGUAAGAAUUAGAGAAAAUUCGGAAACUGACAGAAACAUAGUACUGCUAUUAAUCUCUGAUAAGGAUAGUGGAGAGAAUGGUAAAUUCAAAUGUGAAGUGGCGAGCAACGCUGAUCAGUUUUAUUUGGAGACCGUAGGAGAAAACGAGGCAAUGUACUUAAAGAAUUCUGUCUCCUUCGAUAGGGAAAUUCGACCAAAGGAGGAAGUUGUUGUCAUUUGUCGAGACAAAGCAGAAGAGAAUAGACUAUCAUCUACGACUGUGAUUGAGGUGCAAAUCGACGAUGUUAACGAUCAAGAGCCGACCUUUGAAAAUGAUAUAUAUGUUGCAAAGAUAACGGAAAAUAAUAGGCCUGAUACGUAUGUAACAGUUUUAAAAGCCAAUGAUAAGGAUAGCGGAGAGAAUGGUAGAAUUCACUAUGAAAUUAUUGAAGAAGAAGUUGGAUAUGAGAACUAUUUCUAUAUUCAAAUUAAUAACGGAUUUGCAGAUAUAUGGGCAAGUAGACGAUUGAACUACGAAGAGAAAAGAGAGUUUGAACUAUUGAUUCUUGCAGUAGAUCACGGUGAACCGAGACUAAACUCUACAACGAAACUGAAAAUAAUCGUCUCAGAUGAACCGGAUCCCCAUCCUGUAUUUCCCACUGUAUACGAGUUUAACGUUACGGAAGGUAGAAUGAAAGGUGACUACGCUGGUAGAGUAAAGGCCAUGGACUCGGAAAAUGAUGAAAGGGCAAGAUUAGAAGGGGAACCUUUCGAAUAUUCUUUCAAUUACAAUCGAUAUUUUACAAUCGAUAGUUCAACUGGUGAAAUUGAAACAAAUAUAGAAUUAGAUAGAGAACAAUUUGAUAAGCAUGUGCUAACCGUUACGGCAACAUCAAAAUACGGAAAUUAUGAUUCAGCAACAGUCGAUGUUAUCAUUAACGUCCGAGACGCUAACGAUAACAAGCCAAACUUUAUUUUCCCAACGCUAAACAACUACACUUUAUUCGUCUCAAGGAAUCAAGAAAUUGAAACUUUCUUUGGUACUAUUCUUGCAGAAGAUAAAGAUAAAGAUGAAAAUGGACGACUUCAAUACCAUAUUACUUCCGGAGAUAGUGAAAACUAUUUUAGAAUUGACGAACGGAGUGGCAAGAUCAAAUUGAUACGUUCACUGAAAGACGCCUCAAAUAACAUUGAAUUUAAAUUGGAAAUCUUUGUCAGAGAUAAUGGAACACCACCGCUGCAUGCUACAGAGAUAUUGGUAAUUCGGCUAAAUACAACUUCUAGCCAAUCAAGUGGUUCUUCCUCUGUAUUCGAAGACGAAAACGUCAUCAUAAUAAUAGCCGUUUGCGCAGGCAUAUCAUUAGUUUUCAUCGUAAUUAUCGUAACCAUGUUAAUCAUCCGGAAACGCCAAUCGCGAGAGAAAAAGGGUAGAUUAUAUAACUGUCGCACGGAAGAGGCUCGAACACAGCCGAAAAGCGAAUUAGACGUUUUAGAAGAGGUGCCAAAUACGACUGUACAAGUUGUUGAUUUCCAAAAGCGUCCACCACUUAAAAAAGAGGUAACCUUUGAACUGGAUAAUUCAAGUGUUGUCUCAAAUUGGGAUGGAGAUGUCAAGCCCCCACGAUACGUCUGUAAAAACGGUCCGAUAUUACCUAAAACGUCGACACCCGUGACGUCGCCUAAUAAUUUAUGGUACGGCCGAGAGCACGACUCUCACAGCGACCAAUCGGAUCUUUCAAAUAAUUCAAAUACGGAUAGUGGUAAGGGACCAAGCGAGGAAGGAUUCCCAUCUUUGGUUCGACUAUCUGACGCCAAAGCUAAUUUAUUAAAAAAUCCAAAGAAGAGCUCUCUUAAACCACCCGGUAAAUUCGAACAAAUCUCUAAUAGAUAUGGCUCCAAUUCGCCACUUCAAUUUGACGACGGACUACUCUCUAAUCGACAACCGCAACAAGGUAAAUUGACAACGAGAUUCGCGCCACUCAAGGGGGAGAAUCAGAGUAAAUGGAAGAGGGGCUCCAUGUCUUCCGAUCAGUGGGACGGUGAAAGCACAGCAACAUCCGGUAGCUAUGAUAUCGACCAACACUCAGUGCAUUUACACCACCAUGACGAUGACAUUAUCGUAUGACAUUAUUCUUUUUUGGCCAGUACUGAUUUAUGAGGGACAAAUGAAUGAACUUUUAGGCAACUCUAAUUAAUCUGCUAUAUUCUGCAAAUUUCUUUUAAAUUAACUACUGUAAAUGAAUUGUAAAAAGCAUAACUUUUAUAAACUAAAAUUGACGAAUGCCUAAAA